AAUGGUGGCCAUUCACGAGGAGAUUUGAUCGCUCAGAACUGACAGAUAUGGAAUGCGGCAGAUCAAAUCUGUCGCUCUACCCGCCCACUAACGUAGGGACCAUAGCUCAUGCGUCCGCCGUCCAGUGGUCGGUCAGUGCCAGUGGUGAUUGGAGUACUAAAUCAUGGAUCCCGACAAACGUAAAGCAUUUGCUGCAUUGGUGAUAUGUGAAGCAAUGAAACCAAAAAAACGAAAGAAAUCAUUUUGGGCAAAAGAAUGGUAUAAAAACAGAGACACAUAUUCCCAUAUAACACUUUUGAAAGAAUUGAAGGAAAACAACCCAGAUGAUUACAAAAACUAUUUAAGAAUGUCGGACGAUGUCUUUCAAGAUUUACUUGUCGCCGUUACCCCUUUCAUAGAGAAGAAAGACACAGUGAUGAGAAAGGCAAUAAGUCCCGAACAAAGACUGAUAGCAACAUUGAGAUUCGUAGCUACUGGCAGGUCCUUGGAAGAUCUGAAAUAUUCCACUGCUGUUUCUCCACAAUGUCUGGGAGUCAUCAUACCUGAAACCUGCAGAGCUAUAUGGCAUGCCCUGCGUGACAAAUAUAUGAAGUUUCCUUCAACGCAAGAGGAGUGGCUGGCUGUUGCAGCAGAUUUCGAGGGCUACUGGAAUUUCCCCAACUGCGGAGGCGCAAUUGAUGGCAAACAUAUAAGGAUUACUUGUCCUUCAAAAGGCGGGUCAUACUACUAUAAUUACAAAGGCUUCAAUAGCCUAAUAUUAAUGGCUAUUGUGAACGCUAACUAUGAAUUUAUUAUGGUAGAUGUUGGAAAGAAUGGUAGAAUGUCGGAUAGUGGCGUUAUUCAAACUACAACAUUCUAUCAGAAACUCCAUCAAAAAGAGCUUAAUUUGCCUACGACGGACAUGACGAAAGAAGGCUUCAAUUUCGUCUUUGUAGGGGACGAUGCCUUUGCUUUGCAUGAGCAUUUGUUAAAACCAUUCCCUCAGAAAGGCAUGACUCCUCAGAUGCGUAUCUUCAAUUAUCGGGUAUCCAGAGCUAGGCGUGUCGUGGAAAAUGCAUUCGGCAUUUUAGCUAACCGCUUCCGCAUUUUUCACACAGCAAUUAAUAUGACGGCUGACAAAAUAGAGGACGUCGUUAUGGCUUGCUGCGUUUUACACAAUUUAUUGCGCAUGAACAAUAAAGCUGCUUAUACACCUCCCGUUAUGGUUGACCGAGAAGAUAUUGAGGGUGGAAACAUAAUACCAGGUGUUUGGAGAGAGGGAAAUGCAGCACUUGUUCCUUUGCAAGUCGGCCAAAAUCGCAAUGUAUCAUCUGGCGCCAAAGAAAAUAGGGAUAAGUAUGUUGCCUAUUUUAACAGCACUGGCGCAGUACCAUGGCAGAAUAAUAUGGCAUGAUAUAUCUAUGUCAAUGAUCUAAGCUAUGUAUUGUAUUUAGCCUAUUGAAUAUAAGCUUUGAGUUAUGGAAAUAUUUUACAUACCUUCUCUUCGACAUCAGGCUGCCUAGUCUGAAAAUCAUCCUCUGGUGGCUGGGUAUCUUGCACCGCAUCAUCAAUACUGCAGAGUGAUUCACGUGGUUCUUCAUGAUCACCAGUAAAUUCAAGCAAUUUGUAGUACCACAGUUUUGGCACGUAUAUGUCACUCGCACCAGCACCGGAUUUUUUCGAACUUUGAACUUUAGCAUGUUCUUUUCGGAAAGCAUUUCUUAGGUUUGCUAUUUUCUUUUUGACAAAUUUUACAUCACAUUCAUUAUCUAUCUUUCGGCACAAAUCUACAAGACUCUGGUAGGCUACAACCCGCUUGUCACGAUUGAGAUAAUCGGGGGAUUUUACUUGCCACAAGCACGUAUGUAUUUUAUAAAGUUCAAUAAAUUCUGUUACAAA